CGCCUGUGUCAAGCCGCUAGCACGUCUGCGCCUUAUCACUUCUCCAUCAGUUUAUAGCCUACAGAGGCGUUCCCGCUUUCGUCCAAUCUUCUUACUUCUGUAAACUGACAAGGACCAUCCAGAGGAGGAUUUCAAGUCAGUAUCCAUUUUUUAAAUGAAACUAACCAAAGCCUUCUAAGCUGCAACAGCAGUCGAAGGGUCUCCCGGAGGAAAGUUACAGUACUAAAGAAUGUAGGAUUGUUGUUCUUGCACUUGUGUGUGGCUUGUUGUUGAUUUCUUUUCCACUUUAAUCCCAUCUGCUCUUUUGCUGUUCGCUAUUACCCUAAAGAUCGGAUAUUGUAUAACUGAUCAAAUAUUAACUGUCUGUAUAUAUAUAUAUAUAUAUAUAUAUAUAUAUAUAUAUAUAUAAACUUUCUGCAGGAAGGACCCUAAUUCUGUUAGGUGUCAAAGAAAUUUUUGGAAGCUAGAGGAUUAUAUGCUUUUUUCUGUUGCCUUCAACUUUUAGGAAUAACUCAUCUCUGGAGUUUUAAAACGGGAAGAAGUGUGGGAACAGCGAAAGGAAGCCCAAAGUAAAUGACAGGAUGCAGACAACUUAAUACAUAAGGAGCUGUGUGAGUGCAUAUAAGAACACUUGGAAUUUGGACUCUGCUUCUGCACAUUUUUUUUUUAUUUUGCAUUUUCUGAAACCAGUUGGGAAACACUAAUCAAUGGAGGGUUUUAAUAUGCGGAAGUUUGGCUAUUACGUUUUAUUGUUGCUGUGUUCCACUGGCAUGGUUAUAGCUUUGGCUAAGGAUUCCAAACAAAGUUCUUGUGGGGGUAAUAUAGAAGUCAAAUCCCCAGGGUAUCUCACCUCUCCGGGUUAUCCUAUUACCUAUUUUUCGAGCCAGAAAUGUUUCUGGUUAAUUCAAGCUGCUGAAAGUUAUCAGAAGAUUUUGCUCAACUUUAAUCCUCAUUUUGACCUGGAGGACAGAGAUUGCAAGUAUGAUUAUGUUGAAGUUUAUGAUGGGAAGGAUGAAAAAGCACCUUUACUGGGGAAAUUCUGUGGAAAAAUUGCUCCUUCUCAAGUGAAUUCUAAAGGUCCAGCAAUAUUUGUAAAGUUUGUAUCAGAUUAUGAAACACAUGGAGCUGGGUUCUCCAUCCGCUAUGAAAUUCUAAAAACAGCUCCUGAAUGUAGCAGAAACUUUACUACAUCUACAGGAGUGAUCACAUCUCCAAGAUACCCAGAGAAAUAUGGCAACAACCUGGAAUGCACCUAUGUUAUUUUUGCACCAGGGUAUUCAGAGAUUUUGCUGGAGUUUGAAAGUUUUGAGCUGGAACCUGAUACUUCUGCUCCAGUAGGAGUACAGUGUCGUUACGAUCGUGUAGAUAUCUGGGAUGGAUUACCUGGAGCUGGCCCGCACAUAGGACGAUACUGUGGUUCAAACAUACCAAGAACUAUUAGAGCAAUCACAGGCAUUCUUUCUAUAGUGCUUCAGACUGACAAUGCCAUAGCAAGAGAAGGAUUUUUGGCAAACUUCAGUGUUACUCAAAGUCAGCCACCAGACUUUGAAUGCUUGGAACCUCUUGGCAUGCAGUCUGGAACAAUACUAUCAGAUCAUAUCACUGCUUCCACGGAGUAUAACGCCAUGUGGUCUUCAGACAGGGCUCGUCUGAAUUAUCCUGAGAAUGGGUGGACUCCAGGUGACGAUUCAUCCAAGGAGUGGAUUCAGGUAGAUCUUCAGGUGUUGCGCUUUGUCAGUGCUAUUGGUACACAAGGAGCAGUCUCAUCCGUGACGGGUAAAAAAUAUUUUGUCAAGUCAUAUAAAAUAGACGUGAGCUCCAAUGGUGACGACUGGAGUUUAAUCAAAGAAGGAAAAAAUGCUAAGAUAUUUGAAGGGAACUCUGAUGCCACAAACGUUGUUGUUAGCAAACUCCCUGUUGCAACUCUAGCCCGGUUUGUUCGAAUCAGACCUAUAACAUGGGAAACUGGAAUUGCACUGAAGUUUGAGCUUUACGGAUGCAAAAUAGCAGAUUAUCCAUGCUCUGGAAUGUUAGGAAUGGCAUCUGGCCUCAUUUUAGAUAAUCAGAUUGUAUCUUCCAAUAUUUCGGACCAAACCUGGAUUCCAGAAAAUGCCCGUCUUUUGCUAAGCCGGUCAGGUUGGAUUGUUCCAAAAUCAGAAUUACCAUACCACCGUCAUUAUCUCCAGAUAGACCUGGGAGAUGAGAAGAUCGUGCGUGGCCUAAUUAUCCAGGGUGGCAAAGUGCAUGACGACAAACUCUUCAUGAAGACAUUUAAGGUUGCCACCAGCAGUGAUGGAAAGCUAUGGGAAGUGAAACGGAAUCCCACAAGUAAUAGAGUGCAGGUGUUUGAAGGCAACAGCAACGCUGAUACCCCCAUCUUCGUAAACCUUGAUUCCAUAUUAACCAGGUACAUCAAAAUAACUCCAGAUAAAGCUACAAACCAGGGGCUGGCUCUGCGGUUGGAGGUGCUUGGAUGUGAUCGUGAAGCACCUACCUCUAGCCCACCAACUGCAGAUCAUGGCCCAGUUGAUGACUGUGAGGAUGACCAGUCCAUAUGCUACAGUGGAACAGGUGAUGACUACGACUCGCCAGGGGGUAGCACCAGUUCUACAACAGAAGGGACACUCACAGAUGAUACCACCAAGAUUCUAGGAACUGUAGAAGCAGAACAUUCGAAUUUCGACUGCAAUUUUGAAUGGGGUCAGAAUCAAACAAUUUGUAACUGGCGUCAUGAUACACAAACAAAUCUGAAAUGGAUGGUGCGAUCCGAUUCAACAACCACUAGUGAAAUAGAACAUGUAACACCAUAUACAAAGAAAAGCAAAUAUAUUACUACAGACAACACUGGAAAAAGGAAUGGUGAAGUUGCAAGACUGCUGAGCCCUUUUAUUUUCCCAAAGCAUUCCACAUAUUGCAUCUCGUUUUGGUAUCGCGUGUCAACAGCUAGAGGGAUGCUGAGGAUACUGUUAAGGGAAUUCUUAACUAAAAACACAGUAGAUCAUGUUUUGUGGUCUCACAGUGGGCAUCAAGUCACCCAUUGGAAAGAGAGCCACAUUUCUCUUCAUCAUCCUCCAAAGCUUUACCAGGUUAUAAUUGAAGGACACAUUGGUGAAGAUGAAGGGGAUAUCGCAGUAGAUGACGUUGCCAUACAAGAUAGUGUUCCUUGCACGGAUACACCUGUAGAACUACCAUAUUCACCAACUGAAACGACUGACUUGCUUUCUCCUGUAGAUGUAACAGAUGAUGAUGACAUUUUUGGUGCCUCAUCUGGCACAGAUAUUGAUGAUACUGAAAUCAACAGCACUAAAGGCAAUGUACUUAAAACUCUGGACCCCAUUCUUAUUACCAUUAUAGCGAUGAGUGCACUUGGGGUGCUUCUUGGAGCAAUAUGUGGCGUUGUGUUAUACUGUGCCUGUUGGCAUAAUGGGAUGGCAGAAAGAAACUUAUCUGCUCUUGAAAACUACAACUUUGAACUUGUGGAUGGUGUAAAACAGAAAAAAGAUAAACUGAAUUUACAGAACUCAUACUCAGAGGCAUGAGGAUUAAACAACAUUAAAAUUAAAUAAAAAGACAUGACCUGAAUGAGGUGAAUACUGGUUGAUUUCUUCUUACUGUAGAAGCCAAGUGAGCUUUGAAUAUAAGACUGUGACUGAGCCAAGCCUUUCUCAGGAGCUUCAACAGGCAUAUUCUCAAACAGGGACAUUGUGAAAAAAAGGAAUUCUGUAAAGUCAGCGCUUUCCAGUUUGUUUAAAGUUUUAUGUGAUCUAAUGCUGGUGCUGAGGCCAAGCAAGACUGAUUUACUGCUAUUUAUCAUUUGUUGAAACACUUUGUAAUCCUCUUGUGUUUUUGUUCUUUUUUUCUGAAAAGCGUUUGCCACAAAAGAUGGUGAAAAGAUGGGAUUUAGGGGUCCUUUUCGUAAGCACACAGUGUGCAGUGUUGCACCGAGUGAUGCAUGGUGUAUGGUAAUGCAAGUGUGGCAGACAGACAGACAGACGUAUGUUUGUGCUGGUAUAGUUACUGUUUCUUUUCUUGUACUUGCAAUCAAGGAUCCAAUACACAUUACAAGUGUGGCAAUAUUA